AUGGGCAGAAAGCUUUCUGAAAAGAAGCAGGUCCAGCUGGCGAACGCCAGGCAGUCCCGGCGCCUCAAGGCUACAGCCCGCCAGAGAGCGGCUGAAGCUCACACGCCUCCCGUCCAAAGCCCCGAGGGAACACGAACCGGCCCACAGCCUGCAGUCCCGCUCCCUGUUACAGCCGCCCCCGCCCGCAGGUUCAUCCCGGGACUGGUCCAGAUGGAUUCCAACGCCUCUAGGACCAUGGCAACGAAGCGCGUACCGAACUUCGACGGCGCCGAUGGUUUACUGUAG